UGCCCGGUGUGCCCCCCGCAGGCCCGUCCCCGCGGCCCGCCGGGAUGAAGCUGAAGAAGCAGGUGACGGUGUGUGGAGCUGCCAUCUUCUGCGUGGCUGUCUUCUCCCUCUACCUGAUGCUGGACCGGGUGCAGCACGACCCCGCGCGCCACCAGAGCGGGGGCAACUUCCCCAGGAGCCAGAUCUCGGUGCUGCAGAACCGCAUCGAGCAGCUGGAGCAGCUGCUGGAAGAGAACCACGAGAUCAUCAGCCACAUCAAGGACUCGGUGCUGGAGCUGACGGCCCACGCGGAGGGACAGCCGGCACUGCCCCGCCACCCACCCAACGGCUCCUGGGCGCUGCCCCCUGAGAGUCGCCCGAGCUUCCUCUCCGUGUCCCCGCAGGACUGCCAGUUUGCCCUGGGGGGCAAGGGCCAGAGCCCAGACCUGCAGAUGCUGGCCGUGUACUCCCUGCUGCCCUUUGACAACCAGGAUGGCGGUGUGUGGAAGCAGGGCUUCGAUAUCACCUAUGAGCCCAAUGAGUGGGACGCUGAGCCCCUGCAGGUGUUUGUGGUGCCGCACUCCCACAAUGACCCCGGCUGGAUCAAGACAUUUGACAAGUACUACUAUGACCAGACGCAGCACAUCCUCAACAGCAUGGUGCUGAAGAUGCAAGAGGACCCCCGCCGGCGCUUCAUCUGGUCUGAGAUCUCCUUCUUUUCCAAGUGGUGGGACAACAUCAGUGCCCAGAAGCGGGCUGCGGUGCGGAGGCUGGUUGGGAACGGGCAGCUGGAGAUGGUGACGGGUGGCUGGGUGAUGCCCGACGAGGCCAAUUCGCACUACUUCGCCAUGAUCGACCAGCUGAUCGAGGGGCACCAGUGGCUGGAGAAGAACAUCGGCGUGACGCCGCGGUCAGGCUGGGCCGUUGACCCCUUUGGGUAUAGCUCCACCAUGCCCUACCUGCUGAAGCGCUCCAACCUGACGGGCAUGCUCAUCCAGCGUGUGCACUACGCCAUCAAGAAGCACUUUGCUGCCACCCAGAACCUGGAGUUCAUGUGGAGACAGACGUGGGACCCAGACUCCAGCACUGACAUCUUCUGCCACAUGAUGCCCUUCUACAGCUAUGACGUGCCCCAUACCUGCGGGCCCGAUCCCAAGAUCUGCUGCCAGUUCGACUUCAAGCGCCUGCCAGGCGGCCGGAUCAACUGCCCGUGGAAGGUGCCGCCCCGCGCCAUCACCGAGGCCAACGUGGCAGAGCGAGCCCAGCUCCUGCUGGACCAGUACCGCAAGAAGUCCAAGCUGUACCGCAGCAAGGUGCUGCUGGUGCCCCUGGGAGACGAUUUCCGCUACGACAAGCCACAGGAGUGGGACGCUCAGUUCCUCAACUACCAGCGCAUCUUUGACUUCCUCAACUCCCAGCCCCACCUCCACGUGCAGGCGCAGUUUGGGACGCUGUCCGACUACUUUGAUGCCCUCUACAAGAAGGUGGGCAUUGUGCCGGGCAUGAAGCCGCCUGGGUUCCCAGUGCUGAGUGGCGAUUUCUUCUCCUACGCGGACCGGGAGGAUCACUACUGGACAGGCUACUUCACCUCCCGGCCUUUCUACAAGAGCCUGGACCGCGUGCUGGAGGCCCACCUCCGGGGGGCAGAGAUCCUGUACAGCCUGGCGCUCGCCCACGCCCGCCGUGCCGGCGCCGACAGCCGGUACCCGCUGUCCGACUACGCCCUGCUGAGCAACGCCCGCCGCAACCUGGGGCUCUUCCAGCACCACGACGCCAUCACGGGCACCGCCAAGGAGGCCGUGGUGGUUGACUAUGGAGUCCGGCUGCUCCACUCCCUCUCGAGCCUCAAACGCGUCAUCAUCAACGCUGCGCACUACCUGGUGCUGGGGGACAAGGACGCCUACCGCUACGACCCCGCCGCACCCUUCCUCAGCACGGACGACACGCGCCUCAACCAGGACUCGCUCCCAGAGAGAACAGUCAUCAAGCUGAGCGCCUCGCCACGAUUCCUGGUUGUGUUCAACCCACUGGAGCAGGAGCGCCUGAGCGUCGUGCCGGUGCUGGUGGACUCCCCGCAUGUGCGCGUGCUGUCUGAGGAGGGGCAGCCCCUGCCUGCCCAGCUCACUGCACAGUGGGGCUCCGCCACCAACAUGGUGCCUGAAGUCUACCAGGUCUCUGUUCUGGCCCGCCUGCCUGCACUGGGGCUGCGUGUGCUGCAGCUGCAGAAGUCCUUCGACGGCCAAGCCGUGCUGAAGUCCUCUGUGCGCCUGUACCUGCACGGCCGGGACUUGCCCGUGCGCAAGCAGGAGACUGUACCUGUGCACGUCUUCCCGACCGCUCCUGACGACUUCUGCCUGGAGAACCAGCACCUGCGGGCCUGCUUCUCGGGGCGCUCAGGCCUGCUGCAGAGCCUCCGCCGAGCUGGGGAGGAGCGGGAGCAGAGGGUGAGCAGCGAGUUCCUUGUCUACGGCACCAGAACCUCCAAGGACAAAAGUGGAGCCUAUCUCUUCCUGCCUGAUGGCGAGGCCAAGCCUUACACGCCCAAGGAGCCCCCAGUUGUGCGAGUGACGGAGGGACCCUUCUUCUCAGAGGUUGCCAGCUACUACCAGCACGUCCAGACCGUGGUGCGGCUUUACAAUGUGCCAGGGGUGGAGGGCCUGUCCCUGGACGUGUCUUGCCUGGUGGACAUCCGUGACCACGUCAACAAGGAGCUGGCCUUGCGCUUCAGCACGGACAUCGAGAGCGACGACACCUUCUUCACAGACCUCAACGGCUUCCAGAUCCAGCCCCGCAGGUACCAGCAGAAGCUGCCGCUGCAGGCCAAUUUCUACCCCAUGCCCGCCAUGGCCUACAUCCAGGAUGCGCAGAGCCGCCUGACGCUGCAUACAGCCCAGGCCCUGGGGGUCUCCAGUCUCGGCAGCGGCCAGCUGGAGGUGAUCCUGGACCGGCGCCUCAUGCAGGAUGACAACCGGGGCCUGGGCCAAGGGCUGAAGGACAACAAGCGGACCUGCAACCGCUUCCGCCUCCUCCUGGAGCACCGCGCCACUGCCAACAAGAGCUCCAGCUUCUUUUCCAAACUGGCCUCCGUGUUUAAAGCUUUGGGCUUCCCUGGCGCCAGGACUGGCAGCCCAGAGGUGCAAGACAGCCGCCCGGUCAGCUUCCCCUCCCUGCUGAGCCACAUCACCUCCAUGCACCUGAAUGCUGAGGCCCUGGUCCUGCCUGCGGCCCAGGAGAAGCCAGCCCCGCCGCCCCUGCGCUCCUUUGCACCCCUUUCUGCCACCGUCCCCUGUGACUUUCACAUCCUCAACCUGCGGACGCUGCAGGCAGAGGACGACUCGCUACCCUCGGCCGAGGCAGCCCUGAUCCUGCACCGCAAAGGCUUUGACUGCAGCCUGGAGGCCAGGAACCUGGGGUUUAACUGCACCACCAGCCAGGGCAAGCUGGCGCUGGGCAGCCUGUUCCGGGGGCUGGAGCUGGGCUCCCUGCAGCCCACCUCGCUGACCCUGAUGUACCCGCUGGGCACGGCCUCCAACAGCACCACCAUCCGCCUGGACCCCAUGGAAAUCGCCACUUUCCGCGUCCGCCUGGGGUAGCGCCUCCCAGGGCGGGAGAGGAGCAGACUGGCUGUGCAGCCACCAAGCCCCGCAGCGCCAGCACAGCCCGGGAGAGACUGGGCCAGCAGGCCCGCAGCAGGCAGGCGGCACUGGGCAGGAGGUGCCGGACCUGCAAAGGCUGCUGCUUUCUUAUUUAUUAGUCCUGUGUUCUCAGAUAGAUUUUGGACAGUGAACUGCUGCGGCAGGGCUGUGUGGAGGCUGCUGAAUGCUGCCUGGUGCAGAGGGUGCGGGCCGGGGGCUCCCCUGAGCGGAGCAGGGCUGGUGAGGCAGCGGGACAGGCUGCUGCUGUGUAAGCACGGCUGCCUGGGAGGUGCCCACCGUGCAGCCCCGGGGCAGGGGCCCUGCUGGCGCCUGGGCUCCCACAGAGCGGCAGGGCAGCAUGUGGGCUGCCAGCGGCCUGGCCGGGCAGGCGCUAUGGACUGGAGACCGAGCUCGCCUGGAGCUUGUAGGAAACAUGAGGCUGUUUCCAGGA